AUGUUCGUGAAGUUCGUCGCACUCCUCGCUUUGAUGGCGGUCGCCAACGCCAGCGACCUGUCCAGCUUCGCGUACAGCGUGGCGGACCCCUACACCGGUGACUUCAAGCACCAGAUCGAGAACCGCGUGGACAACAACGUUGCUGGCCAGUACUCUCUGCUGGAGUCUGACGGCACCCGCCGGACUGUAGACUACGCCGCUGGUGCUAAUGGCUUCAACGCUGUCGUACGCAAGGACCCCGCUCUCAUCGCCGCCGCUCCCGCCAUCUCCUACGCCGCUCCCGCCAUCUCUUACGCCGCUCCUGCUAUCGCUGCUCCUAUCUCUUACGCCUCUCCCUACGGUUUCGCCAAGUUCGGAGCUAUCAGCUACGGAUCCCACUACCCCUACGGCCGCUACUUGUACUAA